GUGGCUAACCCGGAGCAUAUAAAGCUAAAAGUGGUGGACCAGGCUCAUAAUGAGAUCCACUAUCGGGUCAAAGUGAGCGCACAGUUCGCCAAACUCAAGAAGUCCUACUCGGAAAGGGCUGGUGUGCCCCUCCAGUCCCUCCGGUUCUACUUCGACAGGCGCCGUAUCCACGACACGGACACACCGGCGCUCCUCCAGAUGGAGACCGACGACGCCAUUGAGGUCUAUGAGGAACAGGUUGGCGGUGAUGGACAACACUUCCUGAUGGUGUUCAUGUAUGGAUCCAAUGAUCACCACAACAGAUGCCAUCCAUGCGAAGAGAGGGUCGGUAUCCCAUCGGACAUGUCAUCGGCGACGGGAACGGUAGACGGAGGGGCGGCUGCGGACUGGGAGCACAUAGAGCUGAAAGUGUUGGGUCAGGACAGCCACGAGACCCGAUUCCGCGUCAAACUCACCACACGGUUGGCUAAACUCAAGAAAUCGUACGCCGAGGCGAAGCGCCUACAGCUCCGGGAACUCCGGUUCUUGUUUGACGGCCACACCAUUCAAGACAGAGACACGCCGGCGCUCCUCCAGAUGCUUAAUGGGGACGUCAUUGAGGUCUAUCCGCCACAGGAUGGCGGUGAUGGCGGUGCCGACGAUGGCAACCACUUCCAGACGGUGUCCACCGUUUAA